AUGGAGCACGCCCCGAGCGCCCCGGCCCACCCGGCCACUACCCACACCAAACAGUAUGUCUUCGUGGACGAAUACAACCGCCACAAACGCCUCAAGGUCAUGCGCGCUUGCGAUGGCUGCCGGAAGAGGAAAAUUCGCUGUGAUGGCGCCCUGCAGAACGGUCCGUGGCCCUGCGGUGCAUGCGUGCGCCUGAAGCUCAAGUGCCUUCCGCCCACCCUCGACCAAGAUGACGACCAGCAGACUCCCGACACCGCUCCGGGACAGCAACAAUUCUCCUUCCAGAAUACCACCUUUCCAACUCCGAGUCCGGCCAACACCAAGCCUCGCUCUGCCUAUCCUUCACAACCCCAGAUGGUCCACGAAUGGGCCGACUCCGCUGCACCGCCCAUGUCGACGACUGCCUCUGCGACAUCCACCUCAAUCCUGCAGCACGACUAUGACACGGGCUCAUAUCAGCAGCAGCAGCCUUUCCACCAACCGCAACUACCCCCCCGGUUGGACACAGCCUUUGCUGAUGUCCAGUACUAUGCCCCUUCGGCCGCUACGGCGCCGUACCAGCCCAAUGUGCGGACACCUACAUUCAAUCGCACCGAAACGGCGGAUUCGAGGAGCCCAAGCGGUGAUCCGCAGGAGAUUGACGCUUCGGUGAGAGAACUAUCCGAGCAGAUGGGAGACCUGCAAAUCGACAUCACAUCCGCAGCUCCCUACAUGACCACCACGAACUUGUCGGCCAACGCUCCAGCGAUGGAGGAAGCAGAGGUAGCUUUGCCCUCUUCUGUCUAUACCGAUUCCAAGGUCCGAAUCCCGCUCGAGAUGAUGCCUUCAGAGGAGCGCGCAAUGGACUAUUUUGGCUACUUCUUCGACCAUGUGCACCCCUACACUUCCGUUUUGAACCGCAACGAGUUCUAUCGUCAAUGGCGGAGCGCGCGAAGUUCCAUCUCACCCCUGCUCUUGGAAGCCAUCUUCGCCUGUGUCUCCCGAUACCUCGAGGAACCAACCGAAUUCCGGAGGUGGCUCGCGCUCACUUCCAAACACGAAGAAAGCUUCAAAGAUGUGCCAAGGCUUAGCACGAUCCAAGCGCUGCUCAUUCUCAUGAAGGCACGUGAAAGCGUCUCGAAGCGUGGAUAUUAUUAUCGCUCCUGGAUGACGGUGAAGUAUAUGACGACGAUGGCGAUCGACCUCCACCUUCACGACCACUAUGACCGGCAUCAGACUGGCGGCACUUGUAAGCUGAGCAGAUCAGAGUGCACCGCGCAAAAGCGUGUAUGGCAGAAUCUCUCAAGCCUAGAGAUUCUGGUGGGUGGUCCAUUGGGUAGAUCGGAUUUCUCGGUGGAGCCGGAGACUGUGGAUUUCAAUCUGCCUUUGCCUGCUGCGGAUGUGGAUGCAUUUGAGCAUCAGACAUCACGACAAGCUACAUUCAUGGCGCAGGCCGCCAGAAACAUCAAGAUUUCGAAUCAGCUAUGGCAGAUCAUGCGCAAACAGAAGAAGGACUGGGCGCUCGAUCCGGAAUUCGUACGACACAAUGAAGAUUUGCCAAAUUGGCUGAAAAAUCUACCUGCUGAUUUCCAGCUUCACUUCGCGGACGAUGGAAGUCCACCUUGGCUAGGGGGCCAGCACUUUGUGGCUAAUUUGCACUGCUACCAUCACUUGGUCGUGAUUAUGCAUCAUCGACCGCAGCUCCAGGCAUUACUGGACAAGGGAGACCUUGGCUGGAAGAAACAGUUGGACAUUUGUUUGCAGUCCGCUGUGCAAAUGUGCCGCAUUCAAGAGGCGCUGUACCGAGACUUCCGUCUCCAUGGCCUCCAGUUCAUGAUCCGAGGCGUCAACUUCACGAUCUACUGUGUCCUGACCUGCAUGAUGCUGCACCUGGUACACUCGUCUGCGCUUACACUCUGUCGACCUACGCUAACAUAUCUCAGGCUGCGAUCACUUGCCCCGAUCCUCAUCUUAACACGCAAGCCAGGCUAUUCUUCACGCGGCACAUGCGCGUCCUCGAACACUGCUUACCCUCGUCCACGCCGGAAAUGAAAGCGCAAAUCAACGCCCUGCGAGAAGCCUUUAGUGCGGACACUACACAGCCUUUCGAGCUGAAGCCGACCCUAGGUCUACGGAGUCCUACGAUGGAGAAUCACUCAACACCGGGCAGUUCCACUUCAGUGCCGGCUAGCGUCCCAACCACGCUACCAAACCAAACUUGGUCUAACCUCGAUGCGACUUCUUCGAAGGCACUGACACCCUCCACGGAAUACGGAACUCCAUUUGACACUAUGGCCGGCCACAGCAUGACAGGCCGAUCACCUCUGCCGCAUAGCGGCAAUUAUGAUGUCUCCGGGCACAGCACCUAUUCCGGGCAAAGCAUACCUCGGGUAACAUCUGCUUCGCAAAUCGGAUACGCACUGGAACCUGUCAUCAGCAACGAACAGCAGACGCCCGUUUGGGACCCUUCUGGCAUCUUCAAUCAGUGGAACACGGCUUUUGGUGGUGCUCAGGCGGCUCCGCCGCAACCCUCGCCUCCCGAUCCGCGUCGGAUGCAACCCACGUCUGCGCCGAUGAUGCCAAAUCAGUCCCCUAUCCAUGCACAGUCCAUCUACGACACGCAACAGUUCCCGGUGAACCCCAGCUCGGUCGUAGCCGAUGCGACGCCUCCUGUCAUGCAGCCCACAGUGACGCCUGUCAUGUGGCAAGACGCCUUCACCAGUGCUUACGUCUCUGGGCACGGUCAAAAGAGGUAUCGGGAAGCUAGUGUAGACCACUCGGCCUACAUUCACUAUCCGACUAGCAAGCGUCGAGGAUGA